AUGUCUACCACUCCCGAGGAAGAGGCGUUGCGUCAGCUGCAACGAGAACAGUCCAAGCUACUGGACGGCAUCGACGAGUUACGAACGAUUGGCGUCGGCAGCCUCGUGGAACUUCCUCAGCUGGUGGUCUGCGGUGCCCAGUCAAGUGGGAAGAGUUCCGUCCUUGAAGCUAUCUCCCGAGUGAGAUUUCCAGCGAAGGGCAACGUCUGUACGAGAUUCGCGACCGAAGUCAUCCUGCGCCGGAGUCCAACACCCAAGAUCAAGAUUUCCAUCGAACCGGGGCCGUCGCGUAAGGACGCCAGAGAACGAGCGAUCCUUCAGGCAUUUGCGCAGGAGCUGUCCCCACACGAUAACGAUCUGCCGGCUGUCAUUGAUAAAGCAAAAGACCACAUGGGGGUGAAUGAAACAGCCCAUCCUGGAUUCAGCGAUGAUGUUCUCAAGGUCGAGAUUCUAGGACCCGAUAAGCCAGAAUUGACCUUGGUGGAUCUGCCCGGCCUCUACUACUCCGUGAGCCAGGAUCAAGGCCUGCAAGGAAUCAAGGUUGUCCGAACCUUGACAGAGAAGUAUAUGAAGAAUGCAAGAAGCAUCAUCCUUGCGGUCAUCAGCGCAAAAACCGACUACCACCUCCAGGAGGUUCUCAACAUCGCCGAACGUUUUGAUCCGAGACGCGAGCGUACGCUUGGAAUUAUCACUCAGCCGGAUACGCUGGAGCCAAAUUCAGAGGAGGAGGGGACGUACCUGCAGUUUAUCUCUAACCAGACGAUUCGGUUGCAGCUCGGCUGGCACGUCUUGCGCAAUCGCUCCUUUGAGACACGGGAUAUACCGGACGACGCCCGCGAUGAGAGAGAGAAGGACUUCUUCAGUCAAGGCCGAUGGUCAUCUUUGUCCAGGGAUAGUGUCGGAAUCGAGAGCCUACGACGACGCCUUAGCAACAUCUUAUUUAUUCAAAUCCGUCGUAAUCUCCCUGGGCUAAUAGCCGACAUUAAAGGGAAGGCUUCCGACCGGGAGAAGGAGCUCUCGAAGUUGGGUUCCCCACGUGCCACCCGGCAACAGCAACGGGGAUAUCUGCUCAACAUCAGCAGCAGCUUUGAGCGCAUCACAGGGCAAGCGUUGCACGGUCUAUAUGCGGACGGGUUCUUUGGUGCGUUCGAAACUAUAAGUGAUAACCACGAUUUCCGGCGACUCAGGGCCGUCAUCAGGCAAUUGAAUGAGUAUUUCGCCGACGCCAUGGCCGCUCGAGGGUCUCGUCGAAUAAUCGUGGAUCGCCUUCCGGGGUUCGUCCAGGAUUCGAUGCAACAUGACUUGAAAAACCCUUACUUACCAGGAAGGCUUCCACAUUAUGUACUUCGGAAGAACCUGGAAGAGGAGGUCGCCGAACAGGCUCGGAAGAACAGAGGGAUUGAGCUGCCAGGCAGCGCCAAUCAGCUCCUCGUGGGUAGCCUGUUUCGCGAUCAGUCCCUUCCAUGGGAAGGCCUCGCAAGAGAGCAUCUCAUGAAGGCCUGGGAAUCAGUGCGGUAUUUUGCGUUACUUGUUAUGCAACACACAACCGAUGAUCAUACCUUCUCCUUGCUGGCUGGAUCCAUUAUUGAGCCUGCGCUGGACAGAUUGAGGCAAAAUUUGCUGGACAAGCUCGAUGAGCUGACGGCAUACACGAAACGGGGCCACCCAUUGCCCGUGGGCAAGAGCUUCCUCACGCAGAUACAGAAGGCGCGAAGCGAACGUCAGGUGUCUUCGUUGAAGACAAAACUCAAGUCCACCCAUUUUCACAAGCCUGACGGGGAAGCCCUAUUCUCGAUGAAAGCAAUCGAAGAGGCAACUUCCAGCUUGGAACUGUCCCGUGAUGAAUAUGCGGCGGCCGAAAUCAUCGACCAAAUGCAAGCGUAUUACGAUGUAAGAACGAAAGAGCCUAAUAUCCAGCUCAUAAGGGCAAAGCGACGUGUUCUAAUUGACCGUUCACAGACUGCCAUCGUGACCUUCGUCGACAACGUUGCAACCCUGGGCAUUGAAAACUGUCUUCUUGACCCUUUGCAGCGGAUCCUGACUAGCCAGGUGAUUAACAAUAUGGAUGAUGAUCAGGUGCGAGAAUUAGCCUCUGAGCCCUCCUUCAUCAGCGACGAGAGAGGCCGUCUGGCCAGUGAGGUCGAAAAACUGCAGGCUGGUCUCCGCACUCUCAAGACAUUCAACAUCCAAAAGCCUUCAAUGAGUGGGCCGCCCUCAAUUGAAAAGCUGGAGAAACCAUCAACCAGCAUUCUGGACAAUCCUAUGCCACUCACAGGGUUAAAAUCGACGGCCCAGCCGUCCUUCUUUUCAAGUCUGCCUGAAGCGAAGACUUAUAAAUCACCGGCUACGAAGCCUUUUGACGGAGCUGUAACCCCGGGCCUCUUUAAUUUUACAAGUAGGACAUUAUGA